AUGGCAGCCUCAUUCCCCACCCAAAAAUCUGAUUCGCUCAAAAAUCAUGAAGAAACGUCCUACCAAAAAUAUUUAGAAUUGGUCUCAACCCUGCCUAGAGAAAAAGGAUGGUUAACUGAGCAUGUCCAACUCUACGAAGGCUUUUGGUUCGGUUCAAAGUACCUUCAAGGAACCAUAGCUCUCCAGCAACACUUCAAGGCUCGAGCCAACCAUGUUUUCCUGGUCACCAUUCCCAAAUCCGGCACCACUUGGUUCAAGGCCCUUCUUUUCGCAAUAACCAAUAGAAAGCGCUAUGAUUUUCAUAACCACCCUUUGCUCACAACAAACCCUCAUGAAUUUGUACCCUACUUGGAGGGGUAUGCAAUUGAACACCCAACUUCGAAUCCUGACACUCCUCUCUUGGCUACCCAUAUUCCUUAUACUUCACUGCCCAAAUCCAUACUAGAUCAAUCUGGUUGUCCCAUUGUUUACGUGUUUCGUGACCCAAAGGACAUGUUUGUUUCUCAAUGGCAUUUUGUAAGUAAGCUCAGACCCAAAGAACUGCCGGUCCGAUCCAUAGAAGAGUUGUUUGAGCAAUUCUGUAGAGGGGUGUCACCCUAUGGGCCAUUUUGGGAUCAUGUGUUGGGGUAUUGGAGAGCAAGUGUGGAAUGCCCUGAUAAAGUGUUGUUCUUAAAAUAUGAGGACAUGAAAAGUGAACCCUUUGUUGUUGUAAAGAGAUUGGCAGAGUUCUUAGGCCACCCUUUUUCUUUGGAGGAAGAGAAUGAAGGUGUGGUGGGUAAAAUAGUAGAGCUGUGUAGCUUUGAGAAUUUGAGCAAAUUGGAGGUGAAUAAGAUUGGGUCUCACACUGAUGGCACAACAUUUGUGGUACCAAAUAAUAUAUUUUUCAGGCAAGGUAAGGUUGGUGAUUCCAAGAACUACUUGACAAGCGAGAUGGUAAUGCGUAUUGAUCAAAUCACAAAGGAGAAGUUUAAGGAUUUGGUAAUUUGA